CCUAGUUCCCCCUGCGGCCGCCAGAGGAGCUCCGCCGCCGUCCCUCAGCUGUUUCUCCCCAAGUCCAUUUUCGACGCGAAUUUGAGCCCCCCUUCGGCCGCGAUGGGCAACGUGGUGGCGCAGGCUAUCGGGGAUCGGAGCACUACGCCCGAUCACAAGUCGGAGCCCACCUUCGACCCGCUCUAUGGCUUUUCGUCGGGCAGGAAAGAGAGAGAGAUGGUGGCAACACAGGAAGAAAUGGAGUCAGCCAAGCUUCCCUUGAAAUACAGGGAUUACUGUGCUCAUAAAGCCAUUACGUACCAAGCCUGCCGCCAGAAGGUGUGGCCAUUCGUGUACCAGUGUGCCCACGAAAAGCACGACUACCUCAAUUGUCAAUAUGAUGAUUACAUACUGAGAAUGAAGGAGCAUGAGAGAGAGCGCCGGCUGCUGGAACGUGCCAAGAGGAAAGCUGCAAAGGCUGCACGGGAAGAAGAGGAAUAAUAAACGUUUAUCUGGCAUCCUGCACCUUUCAUUUCACUCCAAUAGGGAGAGGCAUGUCAGGGGAUGGACUUCUGUAAGGCUUUUUCAUACUGCCCAUUUCUUAUCAAAUCCAUCAGAUAAAAGGUUGUAGUUUCACAUGCAGGGAAACUUCCAGUCCAUGUAAUAUUUGUCAACAGGAGUGUCAAAUAACUCUGUAUUUUGUGCAGAGGCUUCAGAUUUAUACCUUGACCACUAAAUUGGAUUUUUUAAUAAAUUAUUAUUCUAUCUCUAUUAUUUGGGCUUUUCAUGUUGUUGCCAACUUGUACUGUUCACUACGUCUUAUGGUAUUUAUUUUUUUUCCCAUACUAGAAGAGGUUCGGUACGUUACAUUCUUGUAUAUAGGUUUAUAAGAAUUCAGAAUAAUAAAUGUAUAUAGUUUA